AGGGUGGUUGCCUACGAGCGCACCCCUACGUAUUAUUUCUACGGAAACAUCACAACACGCGACCAACGGCAAAACAAAUACAGAGACUACACCAACAAAUUACAAUCAAAUAAUAAAUCUAAUUUAUCGUAACACGUAACCAUGAAAGUUAAUCCGCCGGUAAACUUCGGGUUUACAACCGAAGAAUUUUAUAAGCGGCAUGAUCUAUGAAAGCUAAAUCAGCGGUCAAAUACCUGGCCAACGUGUUUCAGCUGCAAAAGCGUGCAUCUGGGAUGAGAUGCCGAUCAUCCAGUCCUGUUGCUGUUGGCGAAGCCUGCGGCGAGGAUGCUACGCUUCAGCACUCUACACCAUGGUAUGUUUGCAACAAGUAUACUUCUCAGUGACCAUAGUGACCAUGGGUCACUUCAUAGAAAUGGAGCAGCGCUACCUGAACGGAAUGAUGACGGAGCCAGAAUCGGAAAGUUUCCUGGAACCGGGUAAAAUAACACCCAUAACCGUGUCCCUCAAUAUAACUUUGCUGGCUUGCAGUACGUUGGGUCUUAUUGCAUGUGUCCUCUUAAUAUUCGGAGUAUACAAAGACAUAAAGUUUAUGCUGCUGCCAUGGAUAGUGGCAAUGGGACUGGAAACGCUCGUCGAAGUUAUAAACGUCGUGUAUCUCUUUUACCUGCAGACUCUCAACUUUAAUCCAAUAACAUCAUUCCUGUUCACAUUGGACUUCUUCAUAAUUGUACUUAAUAUCAAACUAAUCCGUAUAUAUGCCAUGGUGUGCGUGAUAUCUCAGUUUCAAGAAUAUCUAGAAGGACGGGGUACAGCUGCCUUCGAUUACUCUGAUAGGGUGACGGUGCAGUACACAGCAACAGCUCAGCAAACCACGACCACAAGCUCAGCACCAAGCGGCCGGAGGCGCUCUGCAGGAAAACCGAUGCCUAGUCGACAUGAGCCAGAAGAGUUCUCCGAGGCACCUACUAAGACCAUUACUUCGGUGCUCUCGAAGACAAGUCGAUCAGCGGUGAAGAAGCACGUCCAGUUUCCAGACGAGCAGAGCUGUAUCGAGGAGGCAACUGAAGGUCCAGCUUCAUCCGUUAUCGAAGAGAAACCUGAGACGCGCGUAAUCAGCUCCCUGUGGAUGGAGUUGGAGUCUGAAGCGCCGGCGCCGGAACGCUGACGCCGGCGCAGCGAGCAGUACUAUCGGCCGGUGUCACGCGCGCGCCUCGAGCGCCGCAAGAUGUCCGCCGCCGGAGUACCGCCCGCUGAUACUUCACACAGCAAGGACUCUUUAUAAGCGCCCAUGCAGAUGGAUACAUCGCCUUAAAGAUAUUAUUAUAAUUAUUAUACCAUCGCUGCUAAGGAAAAAUGUAUUAAACGCCUCUUUGACCGACAUAGCAUUAUAAGUGAUUCUAGUAACCCUACAUGCACGUUAAACACGUUUUUUUUCAAAAAUUAAAUAGUUAUAGCCUAUUUUAUUCAUUGAUAAUGUAGCUUUCUAUAGGUGAAAUAUGUUUUCAAAUUGGUUUAAUAUUUUCGAGUUUAUACAUUGCAAAAAAAAAUAAAAUAUUUCGUCAUUAUAAUAUUAGUUCAGAUAAGUAUUUUUCUGCGUCGAAAGGUAUAAAGGCAACCACAGAAAUUUCUUUGGAAAUAUUAUUACUCGUAAUAUACGAAGAUCGUAAUACAAUAAUUGUUAACUGAUUGAAAAAUGUUUAAGCAGACUGAAUUUGAAUCGUUGCCUCUUUAGUUAGAAGUUGGUUUAUUUACACUCCAAAACGUUUCGUUGUAGUCUAUCUUUUAUUCAUAUACCUAAAACAUGUAAAAAAUAUAAAGAUGUGAUAUUAACUGUAUCACUGUAGCAGAUAUUUUUUAUACAAUAUAUUAUCGCACAUUUUGCCUUUUCGUUUCGCUUCGUGUUUUUGAUCCCCUGUAAAAUUCACGGAAUGUCGCUUAAUACAUUUUCCCUUUGUAGCGUAGAGCAUUCAUAACGAAUCUCACCAAAGUGCGGCAAUGUUGCUAUCAUUUGUCAAUUUUCAAAAACAAUUGAACAAUAUUUUCAAUAUUAAUGAUUUAAAAAGAGCUCAAUUAACUAUUAAAAUGUUAAUACAUAAUAAUUGCAGUAUUAUUCUUAUAAUUUUUGAUACAAAAAAAAUAGAAUUCGUAAACAAAUUACGAUUUUCCUUUUUAAGAGUUUUAUAUGAAGUUAUG